AUGGUUAUGUAUCAAGGUCAGAAGAAUGAAUUGAAACGAUACAUAAACAAAUCUCGGAAUGAAAUUAAAUGUGCUGAAGAAAUAUUAGAUUUUAUAGAAUCCAAAAAAAUAACGUCCGUAGCCUGUUACAAAAAUUUGCUAGGCGAUUUAAAAAAAGAUUUACUAAAAAUUGAAAGCGAGGUAAAAGAAUUGCAAAAUGAAAUAACAGAAUUGUCGAAAAGACGCGAUGAUUUAAAACAUGAUAUUUUACAACAGCAAGAGAAACCCUACAUUUGUACCAAAGAACUGGACUUCAAUGUGAUAUCAAAUCAAAAACAGCUUUGA